AUGGCAUCUCAAGAUGGUAUCCGUGUCAAUAUUGUUAAAGCACGCGGCAUUCUAGCGGCCGAUAGCACUGGUACAAGUGAUCCGUAUAUAACCAUGACAUUAUUAGACUCUAAGGGUACAAUUUUAGCAGCAGGGGGUACGUUCAAGACCAAAGUUGUCAAGAAAACACUCACACCAGAAUGGAACGAAACGUUCGUUAUUGGUGAUACACUUGAUCUUCGAGUAGCUACAACGUUGCGGCUUUUACUGAGUGACUCUGAUGGUGCUUUCUAUAGUGACGAUAUCUUGGGGGUCGUGGAUAUUCCAGUCUCAUUAUUACUAGGACUACGUGAUCCAUUGGAUAAUUGGUUUCAACUGACGAAACAUGACAAGAUGAAAAAAGAUGCCAAAGGGGAACUUCGACUCGUCUUGGAACGUGUCGUGUCGGACGAUACGGUCAUUGGUCGAGGCACGGGUGUCAAUAUUGACACGGAACUAGAGAGCAAACCACUAGUGCCCGUGACGAGCACAGAACCACCAAAUUUACUGUACGUGACGUUGAAAUCCGGCAAAGAUUUGCUUGGAAUGGACAAUAAGGCCACAACGAGUGACCCGAUUGUGUUUUUCACGUUGGAUGGACAGAAACAUGAAUCGACUAAGAAGGAGAAAACAUUGCGGCCACAAUGGAAUGAAAAAUUUGCUUUCUUUGCCCCUGAUAUGAAGAAGAACUUGGCAGUGUUGGUGGAGGAUUAUGAUAUUACGAUUAAUGAUUUUAUGGGGAAAGCAGAAGUGUCAUUACGAGAUCUAACUCCAAAUGUCGAGAAGAAUGUGACGGUGGAGCUUGGUGGUAAGCGAGGCAAGAAAGACAAGUUGCAACGUGGCGUCAUUUUGCUUACGUUACUGUGGACAUACGCUCCUGAUGCGCGCGACAUUGCAGCGAAGAAGAAAAAGUCGACGUUUUUGCCGACGUUUGGCGUUCCGGAUAAAGACUACGAUUCGACUGACGACGAUGGCGUCGAGAUUGACGACAAGGCAGCCAACAAAAAGUCAGAAGAUGAGCUGAGGAAGGAGAGAGACGAGAAAGCGGAAAAGCAGGCGGCGUUAAUGAAUGAGCUUAGCAGUAUUGAAAUCAAGUCCGGUGACUACAAUGUGCAGGUGCACAUCAUUGAAGCACGCGACUUGGUGCCAAAGGAUUCUACCGGUACGUCGGACCCUGUCGUGUAUGUUGAAGUUUUUGGGGAGAAACAGCAAACUGCUGUAAAGAAACAGGUGCUGAGCUGUUUUUGGGACGACUUGCUGAUUUUUCCGUUCCGCAACUUGGACAAGUCUGAAGUUGAGAUGGGAUACGUCCGUUUGAGUGUCAUGGAUGCCAACACACUCCAACGUGCAGAGUUUAUCGGUGGGGCACAGUUUGAUGUGUCGUACAUUUACUCCCAGACGAACCAUCAACUCGCAAAUGUCUGGAUGGGUCUGACGGACAUUUCGGAUACGACAAACCAAGGCAUUCAAGGAUACUUGCGAGCGUCGAUUUCAAUCAUUGGACCCGAAGACAAACUCGUUCCGCCUCCGUCUCCUUUUGGCGAAGGUGCGACAUCAGACAUGAACAACGUCAUUAUGCCGCCAAGCGUUACUCAGCAGGUUCACUUCUUGGGAGCAACGAUCCAUGUCGCGGAGCACUUGCCACCCAUGGAUGUUGCUGUUGUUGGCAGAGGCGGUCUAGAUGCGUACAUUAAGGCAUCCAUUGCUGGUGGAGACGCAAUUCGAACUCGUGUGCGCACCAAGAAAGGUCGGCGUGACGAGCUUUGCCCGAGCUUUAACGAGGAGCUGAUGCUUGUUAUCCGCGAACCAUCUAUGGCCGAUUCUAUUCAGCUUGGUGUCUUUGAUUGGGAUCAAGUAGGAUCUGAUGAGCUUGUGGGAUAUGUUUACCAGAGCGUAAAACUCGUGAAGGCGAUGGGUGGUAGAAUCUCACCCUUUUGGGCCAACAUUUACGGAGCACCUCUGCGUUUGAAGUCGGUUGGUAUUCGCGAUUCCAUGAAGAAACAGAUGAAUACGUAUCCCGAUAUCGCCAGCACGUAUCGCGGCCGUCUUUUGAUUAGUUUGCGUAUUUUGUCAAACGAUGACAACGAGUUUGACGAGACCAAUCAGAAGCGUAACACGAAGCGUAUUCCGCGAGACUUAUACCCUCGAGAGCGUAUUUAUCGUUUGCGAGCCCACUUUGUGUGGGGCAGUGAGAUUCCAUCGUUCAUGAGUUCCAAACGUCCUGGCCAAAAAUCUAACAUGCAGCUGGUGAUGUCGUGUGGCCUGAACGAAAUCGCGUCUUCGCGAAAUCGGAGCGUGAAUGGCGCAGUGGAGUGGAACAACAUGGAAGAGAGCGAGAAGAUGUUGCUCCCUGAAGAUUUGUCCCAAGUACCGGACAUUUUCUUGUACCUGUGCAAAGGAGAGGGUGAUAAUCGAAAGGCUGUGUGCUUCCGGCGCUUUACUGCGAAGGAGCUUUUGGAGGACCGAGGAGGGUUUAACAGCCAAGUGGAAUGGAUAUCAAUGAAGGAAGACCAAGCAAUUAAUGCUCUGGAAAAUGAAACGUUCCCAGGUAAUGUGCUAGUUCGCAUGGGCUUUGGAACGGAGGAAAUGGCGAUGAAGACGUCGUGGGAUCGCUCGGACCUGGAUGUAGUGAACAAACGGAUCCCUUUUCAGCUUCGAGUUCACAUUUACCAAGGCCGCCGUCUUCCGCCAGCCGAUUCGAAUGGAUUAUUAGAUCCGUUCCUUGUUAUCCGGUGUACGGGUGAAAAAGAGAAAAUGACUUCUAAGAAGAGAAAGACCAGAGACCCGCUAUGGUACGAAACCAUUUAUUUUGAUGUGAAUCUGCCGGAACUAAAGUAUGCGCCUCAAGUGAUGCUGCGCGUCAUGGAUUAUGACGAUUUUGACACCAACGAUUUCGUUGGUCUGGCUGCGCUCAACCUUUCCGAGGCACAUAUUCGAACUUCGCAGCAGCUGUCGAGCGAUCAUCUGGCAACACUACCGGACCCUAAGUGGCGCCCUAUCAUGUUCCAAGAGCCUGGCGAUUGUGAAGGCGAGAUCCUUGCAUCCUUAGAGCUUAUUCGCAAACAGUUUCCUGAUGAAAAGGUGCCUCGCGCACUUCCAAUCUUGCCGAGAAACCGUAAGGCAUUUUUGGAAAUUACAGUGCUUGGUCUUCGUAACAUGGAGCCGUAUCAAUUUUUGCCCAUCCAGCUGCCGUUUAUCGAGUUCGUGCUUGGUGGCAAGGAACAUGCAGCCCAGGAAAUGAUCACGGAAAAGUCCAAGCGACCGUCUGGAAGUAACCCAAACUUCCUGCAACGCAUCGUGAAGGAGGUCGAACUACCUGAGAAUGCACAUUUUGCGCCUCGACUGAAUAUCAUCGUGAAGGACACGCGUCUCGGAGGUUUUCAGACGCCUAUAAUCGGUUCUGCUUCUAUUGAAAUGAGCACGAAGAUUCCAUGGUCAAAGCACUACCGCCCGCCUCAGAACGACACGCUUGCCGAGAUUGAGCUGGAAUCUGCAGAUGAAUGGGAAGAUGAUGCACCUCUGCUUGGAAAGGUGGCUAAGGGUAAUGACUCUACCAUGGAACCGGUUGAUAACGGAGCUGGCGUCUUUGGUGCAUUAAAGAGCAUGGGUGUUGUGCUCGAUCCCAAUGGAAACUUUGACGAGGCUUCAUCCCGCCGGUCGACUCUAGGGGGUUUAGAAGACGAUCCAGACUCCAAGAAAUAUCUCAAGCACCGUGAAUUGCUGGAUGGCGAACUUGAGCUGGAGUUAAAAACGACACCUUUCGAGAAAUAUGGUUUGCACAUUGGCCAGAAAAAGAAGAAGUCUCUCUUAUCAGCCAUCAAUCCAUUCGCGAAGAAUACACGGGGAGUUGGAAACGAUGUUGGCAUUUACAAGAUGGCAGGGUACUUUAAAGGUUUGAUCCGUGUCAUCGAACGUGAGGACGAGGAACCGUUGUUUGACUUCAAGACGCUGCUCCAGACGCUGCCAUACGAAGUUCGUGUUUAUGCUUUGGAUGGAGUUGGCUUUGCGCCGAUGGAUCUUGGUUUAAAUGGCCGUCCAGGCAAAUCUGACCCUUAUCUGCGCUUAACUCUUGGCAACCAAAAGCUCAGUGAUCGUAAAAAUUAUAUCGAAGAUACAACUGAUCCCGAUUUCUACAAGAUGUUCGUAAUUAAUGCGAAACUUCCAGGUGCGAGCAUCUUGACGAUCGAAGCCAUGGACCAUGACCUGAUUGGAGGUGACGAUUUGAUCGGCAAGACCACCAUUGACCUCGAAGAUCGUCUGUUUGAUAGGAGAUGGCAAGCGAUGGGGAAAAUGUACGAAACCUCCAGUCGAUUGCGCUUGAAGCCGCUUGAGACCCGAACUAUUAACAUUCCAACGUCUCGAGCUCCGAUGGGCACGAUCAAGCUGUGGAUUGAUAUUUUGAGUCCUGCUCAAGCUCACGACUACCCUCCUAUCGAUAUUUCGCUGCCUCCACCAGUCGACAUGGAGCUUCGUGUGGUAGUGUGGAAAGCACGUAAUGUGCCUUCGUUUGACACUAUGGAAGACAUGAACGACUUGUUCUUCCGCUGCUGGAUGGAAGGCUCGGACUAUCAAGAAACGGAUAUUCAUUGGCGUGCUAAGAAGGGCAAGGGAUCGUUUAAUUGGCGCAUGAAGUUCCCUAUCACUCUUGGUCACAAGCAAACCAACACGAAGAUACCAUACUUCCACGUCCAAGGCUGGGACAAGGACGUGCUGUCUGCUAACGAUGCGAUUGGCGAGCACACGCUGGAUCUUGGGCCUUCAUUCCGCCAAGCUUACAAACUCAAGUCGAAUGUCCAGGUCUAUGAAGAUGAUGAAGAGACUAAGAAGAAAAAAAGGAAGGCUAUUUCUGACGAUGACGCUGCAGUUAAGAAGAUUAGAGAGGCCACUGGUCUUUGGGAUGACGAUGACCCGCCGGAUUCGAAGUGGCUGAAGUUGGAAAGUCUUGAUCAUAAGACAAACACGCGCAACUUCAUGGGUGAGGUGUGUAUCUCGCUCGAGUUAGUUCCGGCGGAGAAUGCAAAGAAGAACCCUGUAGGUCAGGGCCGGUCAUCACCGAACAACUCUCCGUAUUUACCUCCUCCAGCCGGACGUCUUUCCUUCUCGCUCAACCCGUUUAAGGUGCUCAACGACCUGCUGGGGCCUUCGAUCUGCAAUCGGCUCAUGUGCUGCUUCUGCUGCAUCCUUUUCAUGGUGGUUGUAUACUUCUUGGCGCCGUUCAUUAAUGUGGCAAUUAUCGCGCUGAAACCAUAA